AGAGCAGUCUUAAAAUUUGUCAAUGACAGACUUGUUGACAGAGAUGACGCCUCUUGGAGAGAUGAAGUCCAACAAAACUUCUUAGAAUGCAAAGAAGACACAUGCGCUGUUCUUGAAGAUGAAAUAGAAAACAGAAUAGAUGAGCUAUUAAAGGACAAAGAACUUUUACAUAAAUAUGGUUGCGCCAAAUUUGACAUAACUCCACCAGAAAAGAAGAAGAGAGAAAAGAAAGAAAAGAAAGAAAAGAAAGAAAAGAAAGAAAAGAAAGAAAAGAAAGAAAAGAAAGAAAAGAAAGAAAAGAAAGAAAAGAAAGAAAAGAAAGUAGAAGAAGAGAAGAAAGAACCUGAACCAGUUCCAGAGAAGGGGAGAUAUGACAUGUAA